UAUUUCCUUUCUUCUUCUUUUUCUAGUUUAACGAAUAUGAAGACUCGGCAGAACUUGCUUUUGAUGAUCAUAGCUAGUGCAGCGGUUUUCAGCGUUGCCACAGCUUGCUCCAACGGACAGUGCAAGCUUUUAGAACAAUGCUCAACAGACGGAGAUUGUGAGGCAGGGCUUUUCUGCUUCUCUUGCCCAGAAGCCUUUUCCGGCUCUAGAUGUAUAAGAUCAACCGCUACAGACCAAUUCAAGCUUUUGAACAAUUCUCUACCAUUCAACAAGUAUGCGUUUUUGACAACCCACAAUGCUUUUGCUAUUGAGGGAGAGCCUUCUCAUACUGGAAUUCCUCGCGUUACCUUCACAAAUCAAGAAGAUACUAUCACUCAACAGCUAAAUAACGGGGUUCGAGCCUUAAUGCUCGAUACGUAUGAUUUUAAAGGAGAUGUGUGGUUGUGCCACUCUUUCAAUGGAAAAUGCCAUGACAUUACUGCAUUUGAACCAGCUAUAGAUACCCUCAAGGAAAUUGAAGCAUUUUUAUCAGCCAACCCAGCAGAAAUCGUCACAUUGAUUUUAGAGGACUAUGUUGAAGCUCCAAAUGGAUUGACAAAUGUCUUCAAAGCUUCUGGGCUGAUGAAAUACUGGUUUCCAGUGACAAGCAUGCCCAAAAAUGGUCAGGACUGGCCACUGGUUAGUGACAUGGUUGCUAAGAACCAAAGACUACUUGUAUUCACUUCAAAAAGUGCCAAGGAACAAUCUGAAGGGAUUGCAUACCAAUGGAACUACAUGGUUGAAAACCAAUAUGGGGAUGGUGGAAUGAAGCCAGGAAAUUGUCCAAAUAGAGGAGAAUCAGCACCUCUAAAUGACAAGGCUAAAUCAUUGGUGUUGGUUAAUUAUUUUUCUUCCAUUCCCAUCAAGCAAGUCAGCUGUGCAAUUAACUCUGGGGAUCUCAUUAAAAUGCUCUACACUUGUUAUGGUGCGGCUGGCAACCGAUGGGCUAACUUCGUCGCUGUCGAUUUUUACAAGAGGAGUGAAGGAGGAGGGUCGUUUCAAGCUUUAGACAACCUGAAUGGGGAGCUCUUGUGUGGAUGCAAUGAUGUACAUGCAUGUGUGCCAGGAUCACCUCCAGGGUCUUGCCAGCCAUAGCAGAGACUAUAGAAAUUCAUGUAAUAAGCUUAAAUCCUCAUCAUGAGAAUUGUAUUAAUCUCGAGGAACUGGC